GAGGAGAAGUACUCCUCUUUGAAUGCAGGACCUGCACGAUGUGGAGCUUCAGUUUCCUCCUCUUUUGGGGGUGUUGUGGUAUAUACUCCUGGGGAAUGUUCACAUCACCCUCACUGGAAUCAAUGACAAGGCGUGAACGGCCACGGCGGUCACCGUCGAAUCUUGAUGUGAAGGGGUGUACAGAUACCACCAUGUGUCCAGCGCAUGCAACCUGCACCAACACUUCAACAAGUUACUACUGUGCUUGCAAAAGAGGCUUCUUGUCCAGCAACGGAUUGAAGACAUUCAAGGACCCAGGAGUGGAAUGCAAAGAUAUAGAUGAAUGCUCUCAGAGGCCCACACCAUGUGGCCCUAACUCAAUCUGCAGAAACCUGCCUGGGAGAUACAGGUGCAGCUGUAGGACUGGUUUCUCUUCUCCCACUGGAAAUAACUGGAUGCCAGGAAAGCGAGGUCGUUUCACCUGUAAAGAUGUGGAUGAAUGUGCCAGUCCCAGAAGUUGCCCAGAGCAUUCGACUUGCCAUAACAGUCUUGGAAGCUACUCUUGCGUCUGCAACCCAGGAUAUGUAUCCAGAAGUGGAAAGAAGAGUUUCCAGGGACCAGGGGAGACAUGUCAAGAUAUAGAUGAAUGUUCUCAAAAGCCCCCACCUUGUGGUCCUAACUCAGUCUGCAGAAACCUGCCAGGAAAGUAUGAGUGCAGCUGUUUGACUGGUUUCUCCUCUCCCACUGGAAAUAACUGGAUCCCUGGAAAGCCGGGUCAUUUCAGCUGUGCAGACAUUAAUGAAUGCCUCUCCCGUGGGGUCUGCCCUGAGCAUUCUGAGUGCACCAACUCUUUGGGAAGCUACCGUUGCAGCUGCAAAGUUGGAUUCACCUCUAAAAACUCCAGCUGUGAAGAUGUGGAUGAAUGUGCCAAGUCCAGAAGCUGCCCAGAGCAUUCGACUUGCCGUAACAGUCUUGGAAGCUACUCUUGUGUCUGCAACCCAGGCUAUCAAUGCAGAAGUGGAAGGAAAAUUUUUCAGGGGCCAGGAGAGAUGUGUGAAGAUGUGGAUGAAUGUGCCAAUCCCAGAAGCUGCCCAGAGCAUUCGACUUGCCACAACAGUCUUGGAAACUAUUCUUGUGUCUGCAACACAGGAUAUGAAUCCAGAAGUGGAAAGAAGAAUUUCCUGGGACCAGGAGAGACAUGUGAAGAUGUGGAUGAAUGUUCCAGGAACUCAACUCUUUGUGGUCCCAGUUCUAUCUGCACCAACAUCCAAGGAAAAUACAGUUGCUCCUGCUUGCCAGGGUUCUUUUCACCUGGUGUGUGGAGCCCUGAAAAACCUGAGGCCUUCAAGUGUGCAGAUAUUGAUGAGUGCCUUCAGGAUCCCUCACGAUGUGGCCCAAAUUCUGUCUGUACCAACACCCUGGGCUCCUACAGCUGUGGCUGCAUUGUAGGUUUUCAUCCCAAUCCAGAAGACUCCUGGAAACACAGCAACUUCAGCUGCCAAAGGAUUCCCUUCAAGUGUAAAGAUGAUGUGGUACCCAACAACAAGCAGGUCCAGUUAUGCCAUGUGGGAGCAGCAGUGAAGCCUAAAUAUGUAAGUAUUUUUGAAGGUUCCUAUAUCAGUGCUUCAGACAAUGUCUGUAAAAACAAAACCACUGUCGUCUCUCUGAAGAGUACGGCUAAGAGAUUUGCCUCUGUGAUUGAAAAAACAUCCAAGGGGUCCAACUUCACCAAAGAAGAGACCUCCACACUGGCCACAGUCUUGCUGGAGAGCGUGAAAAGCACCACGCUGGCAGCUUUUCUGAAACCCUCAGCGAAUGUCAGUCAGACUAUCCAGACGAAACUCUUAGAUAUCGAGAGCAAAGUGAUCGACAAAGAAUGCGCUGAGGAGAACGAGACAUUUAAGUUGAAAGCAAAAGGGGAUGAAAUGAAGAUUUGGUGUUCCACGAUCGAAGAAUCUGAAUCCACAGGUAGAAACCCAUUCCUGAGAAACAAAGGGGAGGGUUAUGAUAUCGAGAGCAAAGUGAUCGACAAAGAAUGCGCUGAGGAGAACGAGACAUUUAAGUUGAAAGCAAAAGGGGAUGAAAUGAAGAUCUGGUGUUCCACGAUCGAAGAAUCUGAAUCCACAGGUAGAAACCCAUUCCUGAGAAACAAAGGGGAGGGUUAUGGUGCAUUUAAGCGGCAGAUAUUCAUGGAUUGA